AUGAGACACUCGUCAGUUUUCGGAUUCGCGCUUUUCCUCUCAUUUUCCAUCACAUCAUCUUCAUCUUUUCCCCAAACACCAUUCUCUUCAAACCCUAACUCUCUUCCUCUUCCAUCUUCCUCCAUCUCAAUCCCCAAAGCCACUCCCUCUGACUUACUAUCCCUGCUAACUCCCACACCUCACUCCAAACCCGUCAAUCCCAUCGUAGCACGCAAACUCCACUCAUGCCUCAAAUUUCUCGUCCCGUUUUCUCCAACCGUUUCCGAUUCUCCUCGUCAUCGGAAACUGUUCCCGACCGAACUCGUCCGACCUAAUCGGAGACGCGAUGAUGAUAUAAUCUGGUGGCCGCCGGAAUCAGUUCUGGAACUUGCUCGCUUAGCUGUCGAUUCCGGUGGUGACCCUGCCGCCGUUCAUCGUCUUCUUGAUCCAACCGUCAUUCCAGUACCUAGUGUCGAGGGAUCAAGCAAAAACCGAUGCCAGCUCACCAGAACUCCAUAUGGCAGACGUUUUAUUUCUGAGGAACUGAACAUGUAUAUGCAGUUUUUGUUUGAACUCAUUGUUGAUCGGGGUCCUUCUGUUGGGUUUCAUGUUGCCUUGAGCAGAUUUGAUCUAUUCCAUGGUCAUCUCUUUCUAACCAGAGACUCUGGAAGACUUGGUAUCUUAUUCCACGCAAGGGAAUUCCCGGCAUAUAAUAAACAAGCAUUUCCGUACAAUAUGGGCUAUUGUCAGAUAGGUUCCAAUGUGACAUAUGAUGAUUCAAUGAACUUGCGAAAUAUUCUCUGGCUGGCUCCUUUGCCUGACCGUUCCACUAAAUCUUGGCUGGCACCAGGAGUUCUGGUUGUGCUGGAUGCUAGGCCUAAUGGAAUCAUAUACAGUGAUCUAAUACCAGACUAUGUAAAAGUUGCAAGAACUAUAUAUGAAGAGGAUUUCGGAGAGGUUGCUGUUGAUGUGAACAUCUUGAAUGUGGGUUCUCAGAGUCGAAAUUAUCAAAUAUUCAUAUGCUGA